UUUCCGGCGAGGCGGUGGCUGGACGCGCAGCGGCCCAAGAUGGACGCGCCGGCGCUGCUCGCCGCUGCGGCCCCGGCCCCACGCGGACCCCAGCUCGGCGGCGGCCCCGGCCGGACCCGCAGAACCCCGGGCUCAGCGCACCGCCGGCUGCUGCUGCUGCGGGACCCAGAGGACGGCGCGCAGGGGCCGCGGCGCGGGGAGGCCCGGCCGGCGGGCCCCGGCGGCGGCGACUCCUUCGUGGUGCUGCUGGAAGUGGCGCGCGGCGCGGCCGAAGCCCCGGGGCGGCGGGAGACCGAGCCCCAGCCCGGCGCCGCCGCGAGCCCGGCCGGCCGCCCUGCGCAGGUCCCCGGCGCCGCGCCUCUCGUGGGCCCCCGGGCCGCCGGCGGCCAGGACCUGCUGGUGCACCUGGAGCGUGGCGUCCUCGCGCUGGCCGCGCCGUCCCGGCGUCCGCCGCCCGGCCAGGAGGCCGCCAGCCCGGCAGGGGCCCGCCGCGCGUCCGCCGGCCCCGGCUACCGCUGCCCCGAGCCGCAGUGCGCGCUCGCCUUCGCCAAGAAGCACCAGCUCCAGGUGCACCUGCUGACGCACGGCGGCGGCCAGGGCCGGCGGCCCUUCAAGUGCCCGCUGGACGGCUGCGGCUGGGCCUUCACCACGUCGUACAAGCUCAAGCGGCACUUGCAGUCGCACGACAAGCUGCGGCCUUUCGGCUGCCCGGUGGGCGGCUGCGGCAAGAAGUUCACCACCGUGUACAACCUCAGGGCGCACAUGAAGGGCCACGAGCAGGAGAGCCUGUUUAAGUGCGAGGUGUGCGCCGAGCGCUUCCCCACGCACGCCAAGCUCAGCUCGCACCAGCGCAGCCACUUCGAGCCCGAGCGGCCCUACAAGUGCGACUUUCCCGGCUGUGAGAAGACGUUCAUCACAGUGAGCGCUCUGUUCUCCCAUAACCGGGCCCACUUCAGGGAACAGGAACUCUUUUCUUGCUCCUUCCCUGGAUGCAGCAAACAGUAUGACAAAGCCUGUCGUCUGAAGAUCCACCUGAGGAGCCAUACAGGCGAGAGACCUUUCAUCUGUGACUCUGACAGCUGUGGCUGGACCUUCACCAGCAUGUCUAAGCUCCUGAGGCACAAAAGGAAGCACGAUGAGGACCGCCGCUUCCCCUGCCCCGUCGAGGGCUGCGGGAAGUCGUUCACCAGGGCCGAGCACCUCAAGGGCCACAGCGUCACCCACCUGGGCACCAAGCCCUUCGCGUGUCCUGUGGAAGGGUGCUGUGCCAGGUUCUCCGCGCGGAGCAGCCUUUACAUCCACUCCAAGAAGCACCUGCAGGACGUGGCCGCUACGAAGAGCAGGUGCCCGGUGUCCAGCUGCCACAGGCUCUUUGCUUCCAAGCACAGCGUGAAGGCCCACGUGAUCAGGCAGCACCACCGGCACCCAGACCUCUUCCCUCCGCUGGGAGCUCCAAGCGCGCUCGCGCCCAGCAGUGACCUCAGCAGCCCCGGUCAGAGUGAGUUCAGCAGCGUGGACCUGGCGGUCCUCUUCUCCGACACGCCUGGCGACAGCGGUGGUGCCCCCAGGACCUCCGACGAGGCGCUCCGCACUGGAAUCCUGACUGUCGACGUGACUUCUGUGAGCGCCUCUCUCGGGGGGGGCCUCCCUGCCAGUCAGGCUGCCUCAGGGCCCAUGGGCCCCCUGGUCUUGGUGGCCCACAGUGACGUCCCACUGGGCCCGGACAGGCCCCUCGUCCUCGGGACGGCAGCCACGGUUCUCCAGCAGGGCAACCUCGCUGCAGGUGACGUGCAGGCCGUGGACCCAGGGGCGCUGGGCUGUCUGGUGGCUCUGCCCAUGAAGAGCUUGAGUCAGGACCCCCAGGCUUUGACCUCUGCGAGCGGCCCCCAGGGAGACAGCAGUGCCCCGGAGCUGCUGGUUCCCAUCAAAGUGGAACCAGACUCGGCCCCCGACCCCGACGCCGUCAGACAGCAGGCGUGGAGCGGAGGGGCGCCGCGGCCUGUGGAGUCCAGCCCUGCAGAGGAGCUCGGACCUCGGAAAGACGCGGGACUUGGUGCAGGGACCGGCGGCUUCUACUUGCUGUGUGACGUGGGCCAGCCUGGCGUCUGUGAGCCCAGAAGGCGCGUGGCGAAGGGGCCGCAGGAAGGCGGGGGCUCAGCAAGAACUGAUUCCCGAGCCAUUCAACUAGCCAAGGAAAAAAAGCAGAGAGGAGCUGGGAGCCACACAGGAGCCACGGGGCCCGCACUGAGCACAGGAGAAGGUGACGUCCCUGCCGGCCCGGGAGCCUGGCUGUGGGGCAGCCUCGCAGUGCCCGGUGUGGCUCUGCCGUGCGUCCAGGUCCAGCUGCUGCAGGUACAGCAGGAUCGUCACCUGUCACGAGGUGAGCAGACACAAGGUGAUGAUGGCCGAGGAGAAAGCCCGUGUCACCAAGAAACCAGCAGAUCGCAAGAGCGGACACCACGGUGGACACAUCCACCCCAGGCCCUCCCUGGGCUCCUCUCAGGUGUGCUGCGCAGCUCGGAGGCCGCGCACCGCCUCGGAGACUCAGACGGACUUCCCGGAGGCCCGCCCGGGGCAGCUCCGGACAGCUGGCCCUUCGUGGAGGCACCUCAAGCCCUGGUCAGGUCCCAGGUUCCCGCAGCCACUGCUCUGGACAGUCUCCCAGGCUCCCCAGCCUGUCCUUCAGGGUCACGGACACGCUGACGCCACCCUCAUGGGAGUGCCCACCGGAGCCCACCAUUACCCUGCAGAGGCCCCAGCCCUCCCAGCUAGAGUCUCGGAAAACGGCCUGACUGAAGUCCACAUGUGCCUGUAGCAGUGCGUCUUAAUCACGCCCUUGGGCUUGGAUGGACUGACUGGACUUCAGAAGGUGGGGACUGUGUCUUGCGUGUCCAGGGACCUCUCCCAGGAUGGGACCCCAGGGGCCAUCGUUACCUGGACCAGGCCCGCCAGCAGGUAGAGCCCCACGAAGGUUUUGUCGUUUGGGACUGACUGGCCUUCCACCAGGUAGAUGAUGGAGAAGAAGAUCAGGUGGCCUGGAACCACCAGGAAGAGCAGGACGCGGGCCGACGUGGAGUUGAUUUCUGGAAGAAACAGAGCAGGGGAGGUAGCGUGAGCUGCUGGCAGUGAGGCGCCCACGGCCCCUCAUCCUGCUGCCUGUGCUUACGGAGCAGCUGCGUGUGCAGCGUGUCUAGCGACGGGGAUGAGGCCUGUCAUUGCCUUGGGAGCUGACGUCGUAGGGAAGAGAGAAAAACCAGCAUCAAGUAGCAGAAACAAAAGUCAUUUCUAAACCUGACGGGUACUAGGCGGAAGGCUGACCGGGCUCAAGUGGUGGGGAGUGGCGGUGGGACGCCGAGGCCCCGGGCGGAGGAAGGAGGACGUGCAGGGCUUCGGGGCGCCCGUCAGCACACUCUCCUCAGUGUCUGUGCUCAUGGGUUUGAGACGCUGCGCGAAAUGGGAUUUCACAGUUUACAACCGCCGUGAAACCACCCGUGGGGACACGACAGCUUCUCAGGCAGAAAUGAGGAACUGCAGUGAGAAGUCCGUCUCCGUUUCCUUCUGAGUUAACCAUAAAGCGUUUCAUCAGCUAAAGAAAGAAAAGGAGGACAAAUCAAACGUAACUACGAAGUCUACCGUAAGAUAACUUGUAGCGAGAGGGUGAGGACGCACAAGAGCAACAGAACGUUCGUGGUGAAAAUUCAGAUGAGGGCUAACUUGAAAAAGAUGAAUUUUUUUAAAAACUUACAAAGGCAAGAGCAAAAUAGUUAUUACUAUUGGCAGCCGGCAUUAAAACUCAAGAAAAUCUACAGAAAGACUAAACAGCGAGAAUUCAGUAAAAUAUGUGCUGCUACAGACUGAAUACCUGCUUUCCCCCCAAAUCCAUAAGUUGUGACCUGACCCCCAAUGAUGGUGUCGGGAGGUGGUCAGGUGCCCCCAUGAGUGAAGGGCCCCCGAAGACCUCCCUCACCCCCUUCUUCCCUGUCUGUGGAUCAGGAGGCCGGGCCUCACCAGUGCUGGUGCCCUGACCUUGGAUGUCCAGCCUCCAGAGCUGUGAGAAACGUGUUGUUUAUAAGCCCCCAGUCUGUGACUCUAAGACAGGUGCACGCUGAAAUACAUGCAGUACAGGGUAAAGAGCCUUUCUAUAUACAGAUGACAAGUCAGAAAAUAUACGGGGACUCCCCACUUUAGACAAGGUGAGGCAGACACACUUCCUGUCCCUCUCACCACUCAUCCAACAGCCCUGGACGUCAUAUGAAACGAACAUAAGAUUCUGCAAGGUGGAGGGACGAGGCGGGCUGGCCAGGGCUCCGCGGCCCAGGGAGCAGCACGAGGUGAGGUCCCUGAGCUGCUGCCUUGCAUCCCAGACCAGAUGCUAGGGAGUCAGAACGCGAACGGUCAGUGGCCCUGGAAGACAACUCGGCACGAGCCCUCCCCGUCCUGUCCUGGCCCUGGAGAUGAGAGGCUGGAGUUUGGGGGGGUAGCCAGGCCCCCUCCCUCCUGGCCAGGCGGGGGCAGAGGAAUAGGACUUGAAAAGUAACAAAAGACACGACACGGCAUUGGGUCCCCAGUUCUCAGAACAGACUCUGUGGUCCUUCCUCAACCUUCAGGCCCAGGAGGACCAGCGCCUGCCCCUCGGGGCCUCGCCCCAGCCCCCCCGCCCCCGCUCGUCCUCAGCGGGGAUGCCUCCCGCCAGCCUUUCCGAGGCCCUUCUGCGCACAGCACGACUUGGAAUCCCGUGUGCGUCUGCUCUGCUGGAGCGUGUCUGUCCCCAGGGGUAGGAUCGGCUCCUCCAUCUCUCACAGUACCUGGAGAUGGUCGGUGUGCCUCUGGCUGAGCAAACGGACCGGUGAAGGCCACGUUGGCACGUCGGGGCUGGGCUGAGGGGUCUGCUGCCACAGACACCAGAUUCUUAAAGAAACGGCCACGUGGCCUCUGGAAGACCCCAGACCCACCUGAGCUGCAGAACGUGGAGCGGGGGUUAGGCCAGCGUUUUUUCAUCCAGAGGGGCAGGACCCCAGGUGUGCUCCACAGGUGCAGGUACGUGGAGAUCCGGCUGGUCUGAAUGGCCACCAGGUUGCCACCAACACCUGCAAAGAGAAAGAAUCUGGUUUCUCCUUUUUUAUACCAGUCUCUGAGUUCUAUCCCUUAUUUUAAGUCCAGCUCCUCCAGGAAGCCUUCCUUGACUGGUCCAGCCCUUGAUUUCUUUUCUUUCCCUCCCACUUGCCCACAGAUCUCGUGUCUGGCACCAGGUAUCAAGGUAAUAGCUGCAUCACCUUGACAGCUGGCAGCUCUUAAGGAGAAGGAGGUGUGAUGGGGGAGGGAGGGAGGGAAGUGGGUGGGGAGGUCUCAGGAAGCCACUCAAGGAAGGAACUUUUCACCUCAAGGCGGGAAGGAGAGGAAAGAGGGCCGAGAGUGAGGGGAGGGAGGGUUGUGUGGCAGCCGAGCUGGGGCUCAUUGGCGGGGGGGGGGGCUCUUGGCGUCCUGGGGAGCUGACCGUGGCCAGCUCUGCUGGGGCCCCAGGCCCCAGUGACAAAGGCCCCUCGGAGCCCCUCCAGGCAGAGAGCGGGGCCUGCCCCUGGCAACUGUCCCCUUUAGAGGGCGGUUGGGUGGCCCACUGCCUCAUCCCUAUGGAGGAUGACCCCUAACUGGGCCAGAUGUGCCCCAGCUGCUCCAGAGGAUGCAAAGAAUGGCCAUGGGCAGAGGGUGACUGCAGAUCUAUUUUGCUUAGCCCACGAUGAUUUAUAAAAACAAAAAGGAAAAAAUAAAUUGGCGGCCUUUCCACAUGAGGCCCUUAA